CACCUUUAAAAGAAGGUGCUAAAGGGGGGGUGUCCUGCAAAGAAAAGGAGAGGAGUGCCCCCUAACCUUUCCCUGCUUCCCACUGAAAUCUCCUAUCUGCAACCAUACACACUGUUGCUCUUCUUGCUCAAUUCUGCUCUCAGCAAUCAUUUCCCCAUAUAUAAGUCACUAUACCCUCGGCAUUUCCCACCCCUUCAGCCAUGGAUUCCUGAACAAGCUCUGCGCUACCAGAGGAGACUUCUGCUGUGCACGAUUGCAAGCUGCGUGAGUUCCGCGAACCCGUCGGGUCUCGAAUUUCAAGCUCGCAGGCUCUGCAUUGCACUGAAAUGGGGAGGCAUUCGUGUUGCUACAAGCAGAAGCUGAGGAAGGGGCUCUGGUCCCCUGAGGAGGAUGAGAAGCUCAUGAACCACAUCACCAAGCAUGGCCAUGGCUGCUGGAGCUCUGUCCCUAAACUUGCAGGACUCCAAAGGUGCGGCAAGAGCUGCAGGCUGAGGUGGAUAAACUACCUGAGGCCAGACCUUAAGAGAGGUGCCUUCGCUCAGGACGAGGAAGACCUCAUCGUUGAACUCCAUGCUGUGCUCGGGAACAGGUGGUCUCAAAUUGCAGCACAGAUGCCUGGGAGGACUGACAAUGAGAUUAAGAACCUCUGGAACUCGUCCCUCAAGAAGAAGCUGCGGCAGAAGGGCAUUGACCCCAAUACCCACAAGCCCCUCACUGAGGCUGAUCGCAUUGGAGCAGCUCCCACCAUCAGCACCGAGAGGACCUCUGGUUCCAGUGACGUCAACCCGUCAAGCGCUGGUGCUCUAGGGAACUUUGGUCACCUCCUCAGCGAGACAGCCCAGUCUUCAGUGCUGCUGCCGGUGUAUGACAAGAAGCGCCCUGAAACUCCAAGCUUGGCACGACCUAAGGUGCCAGCAAAGGAGUUGUUCUUGGACCAGCUUACUGCUGGUCAUGAGAGCCCAUCAAGCUGCCGUUCAUCAGGUCCAACGCUGUAUUUUCCUUUCCAGCAGCAAUUAGGCUACAGCAACGAGUGUGGCAGUGGAGAUGGUGCAAAUAUGAACUCACUCUGGUUUAACCAGAAUGAUUUCAGUUGCAACACAAUUUCCACUGUGAUGCCAACAGUUUCACCAUCAGCCCUCUCGACGCCGAUGGGACUGAACCUCCCACCAGACAAUCACCGCCAUGGGGGCACUGGCAUCGGCAGUGCCCCUUUCUACUGGGAUGGUGUUAAUCCUAGCAGCAGCGGUAGUACUGGGAGCAGCGGAAGCAACAGCAUGGGGUUCGAGCCACAGAGCACGAACUCAAUUCUGGAGAACAGUGUAUUCCCAUGGACAGAUAUCGGAGUUGGGCAAGAAAAGGAUACCAGAGUUCAGUUAGUGGAGGAACUCAAGUGGCCUGACUUGCUUCAUGGAACCUUUGCAGAGGCAACCACAGCGAUGCAGAACCAGAGCCAAUCACUAUACGAUGAUGUGAUCAAAGCAGAGAGCCAGUUCAACAUGGAAGGGAUAUGUGCUUCUUGGUUCCAGAAUCAGCAGCCACAGCAACAGCUGCAAGCAGCAUCAGACAUGUAUGAUAAAGACUUGCAAAGAAUGCCCUUGUCUUUUGAGCAUAUCUAGGUACCAUGUUCUGCCAUACAUGGAACAGAGAAGAUCAGCAGAAGCUGAGACUUGUCUCACAAUUUUGUGAGCAGGCUAUGCUGAGGUGCUUGCAUAGAUACAUAUGCGGGUUGAUACAGAAAUCAACCCUCCACAACCUUCCUUGCUUAUAAAGAUCAUGCAGUGCCAUGGAAAAGACAGCUCUGUCAUCAGGAGUGGCGUCAAAUUGCACAGAAAAGUACAUUCUGGAGUCUCCCUUUCUUUCUCUUGAAAUUGUUGUUUUCUUCUGUACACGACAGCUCAACUUUUGGAUACUUGAGUUUUUGUUCACUCUCUGUUUAUCAAAUAAAUAGACAGGAAUGGGAAAAACUGCAUGUGUCGGUAGCUAUCACAGACCAUACUAGUAGUCCCAAACUUUUCAACUGCUGCCAUGCACGUAGAUGGGAAUUAAUUAUUGCAAGUUGUAUUUUUAUAUCUUUUGAGAAGUUGCUGACAAACUGCAGUCGUAUAUUUGUAAAGGCAGAAAAUUGGAAUAUAUUGACCCACGAGCAAUUUUUCUCUGGCUUUC